AUGAAGGAUAAAGGGGCAUCUAGCAAUAUUGUUGAUAGUAUUCCUGCACAACCAGGCAUGGUGGACCUCCAACUCAUCUGCAUCGCUCCAAGAAGAGCCCCGAUUGCAAAGCUUCUGAUACGACAUGGGGGUAGAGCUGAGGGCAGCAGCGGCCUUGCUCAAAAAGUUGGAGGAUAG